UGCGGGGGCGCAGUCGCUGGGCCGCUGGCGGCGGGACGGACGAGGCCGGGGCCCCGGGUGGCACCGGCGGGCGGGCGCCAUGGAGCUGCUCUCGGCGCUGAGCCUGGGCGAGCUGGCGCUCAGCUUCUCGCGGGUGCCGCUCUUCCCAGUCUUCGACCUCAGUUACUUCAUCGUCUCCAUCCUCUACCUCAAGUAUGAGCCAGGAGCCGUCGAGCUGUCCCGGCGCCACCCGAUGGCGUCCUGGCUGUGUGCCAUGCUGCAUUGCUUCGGGAGCUACAUCCUGGCUGACCUGCUCCUCGGGGAGCCGCUGAUCGAUUACUUCAGCAACAACUCCAGCAUCCUGCUGGCCUCAGCUGUCUGGUACUUGAUUUUCUUCUGCCCCCUGGACCUCUUCUACAAGUGUGUCUGCUUCUUGCCUGUGAAACUCAUCUUCGUGGCCAUGAAGGAGGUGGUGCGAGUCCGCAAGAUCGCGGUGGGCAUCCAUCACGCCCAUCACCACUACCACCACGGGUGGUUCGUCAUGAUUGCGACUGGGUGGGUCAAAGGUUCUGGUGUCGCCCUCAUGUCCAACUUUGAGCAGCUGCUUCGAGGGAUCUGGAAGCCAGAGACCAACGAGAUCCUGCAUAUGUCUUUCCCCACCAAGGCCAGCCUGUACGGAGCCGUCCUCUUCACCCUCCAGCAGACCCGCUGGCUCCCAGUGUCCAAAGCCACCCUCAUCUUCAUCUUCACCAUGUUCAUGGUGUCCUGUAAGGUGUUCCUGACGGCCACCCACUCACACAGCUCCCCCUUUGAUGUGCUGGAGGGCUACAUCUGUCCCGUGCUGUUUGGUGCAGCCUGCGGGGGUGAUCAUCACCAUGACAACCACGGUGGGCCCCACGGCGGCGGUGGUGGGCCAGGACCCCAGCAUUCGGCCAUGCCCGCCAAGUCCAAGGAGGAGUUGAGCGAGGGCUCCAGGAAGAAGAAGACGAAGAAGGCAGAUUAGAGGGUGGCCCAAGGAGCACCAGGGAGAGAACCCGGACCUAGGACCCUCUGAGGUGGGAAGCUUCCUGUGCUCAGACCUAUCCUUUCCUGGCCUUGAAUUCCCCAUCUGCAAAUCAGGGUCAUUGGCUCACCCUCCAGGGCUGAUGUGGGGGUUGAGAUAUGAAGAUGAGGAUGAAGAACUUUUGUAGAAAUCAGGGUUCCCUCUCUCUGUCUGCCAGGACCCCAGAGAGUCACAGCUUUUGGAGGGGUUCACAGAAUCCUGGCAGCAGCUCUAGCCAGAAAGCCUGAUUGGCAGUGAUACUCUUAGUUCUAUUUUUCCUUCUUUAAAAUUGCAUCUUGGCCGGGCGUGGUGGCUCAUGCCUGUAAUUAUAGCACUUUGGGAGGCUGAGGCGGGUAGAUCACCUGAGGUCAGGAGUUCAAGACCAGCCUGGCCAACAUGGUGAAACCCCGUCUCUACUAAAAAUACAAAAAUUAGCCAGGCAUGGUGGUGCAUGCCUGUAGUCCCAGCUACUCAGGACGCUGAGGCAGGAGAAUUGCUUGAAUCCGGGAGGUGGAGGCUGCAGUGAGCUGAGAUUGUACCACUGCACGCCAGCCUGAAUGAUGGAACAAGACCCUGUAUCAAAAGAAAAAAAAAUACAUCUUAACUCCUGAAGAACUUCAAGCCAUGUUGAGAUUCAUUCAUUCGAUGGACAUUUUCUAAGUACCUGUGAGCCAAGUGCUGCCAUUUCAAAGUCUCUUCUUACCCAAGCUCCUCAGUGGCUAGACCUCGCAUGCCCAGCAGUCCCGACUCUUGCUGGGCGUCCCUGGGCAAGUUGCCUUCCUUCUCUGAGCUUGGCACUUCCCGUUUGUAUAGUGGAGACCCUUGGCCCCCCCUCUGUACGGAAGGGCUGAUGUGAAGCUGCAGCUGAAAAAGGCUCACAUGCUCCUAAGCCUCGUGCCGUCAGGAGGGGAGACGGUUGGAAAUUAUGAUUGCAAAUGGCUUUGCAUUUUAGAUCGUUCGUGUGUGUGGAUCAGAGAAACUGACAAGUUCCCUGGCACAAAGGAAGCCCUCCAUAGACAGCCCUAGGGCAGGCUUGAGAGAUCAGACGGUGUGAAAGGCUUGUGAUCUGUUCAUCUCAGUCUCCCCCAAACCAAGAAAUGGAGCCAGCUGGGUGGGGUUCCAUGAUCCAGCUCUAUCAACGGGCUCUGAGUGUGCACAGUUGGGACUGGAAGUAUCAGGUCUCAGGUCAGAGCCCAUUGUCACUCAUUCAGUCAUUCAACAAACAUACAGAUGCUUACCUACUCUGUGCUCAGCCUUGGGCUGCUGCCGGGUGGGCCAGGAACCUGCUCUGGGGUGAGCGAGGUGGAUGAUAUUAUAGCUGAAGGGUCCCUGCUGACCAUCUCAGCCUAGGUCACCAGGAUGUCUGAGAGGGUUGGGUACAUGGGAUGGGCAUGGGCAGUCUCAGGUGAGGUUUGGGCCCAGACCAAGUCGGAGUCCCAGAUGUCGCCAGGCUGCUGGAAAAGUGCCUUGUCCCUGUGAUGCCUGGGACUUGGGUGGGUCCUGGGGAGGUGAGGCCUCAGUUUCAUCCUCUUGCUUGUCCACCGCAGCUCGGCGUGGAGGGGCAGCCAAUAAAAUCAUGGUGAAUGAAC